GCUGCCUCUGGCGCGGCUUUGAUGGAACCGCACAGGUAUAUAUCACCGGAGCGAAAGCCGGUGUCACGGCCUACCAACUCUGCCUCUUCGGCGUCUAGCUACUCCCGACCGCUGGGGCAACAGGGGGGAGGGAGGGAGGGAGGGAGCGAGGCAGGGAGAGAGGGAGGAGGCAUCCAAAUGCAGGCCCAGCCUCCAGGGUUCAAUCCCACUGAGGACGAUGACGACGUUGAGUACUCAAUCUAUAGUUUCCGGAAACCGAACCAACGUGAUGCGUUUAUUCUGGGUGAGGUGUCAUUUUACACAGCUGGGGCCGCCGGAUUGUUAGCUCUGGCAGCCAUCAAAAUCAAGACCGUGGAGUCCUCAGAGAUGGAACCGCGGUGGCUGUCUUGUCUCUUCGCCCCUCUAGGCGCAGCGUUGCGUUACGUGCUCGCUUUAGCCAUGGCGCAGCAUCCGGCCAUUGCCCAGCUCAUCAUUGCAAGCCACAGGUGGGGGUGGUGGUGACAGAUGCGCGUCUAGUAGUGCGGUGGAGGAAAGUCGGAGGAAUGAGAUUGGAAAGGAAGAGAAAUAGUAGCUGCUCUUGUCAUGAAGAGGAACAAAAUAAGAUUAGGUUCAAAAUGUACCCCAAAAAGUAUGGAGUAGAGACGCCUGGCAUGUGGAUGUGUGAUGACAACAAUGCAUUCGAAAUCAAAGCCCGGGACUGAGCUGUUAUUGCGCGAAAAAAACGCAGACACUUAGUGGGCCAAUCCAACAAAAACAAGAAGCAAGGAGAUUUGUGUCUCUUGUA